AAGAAAAAAUUUUAGACUGCGCGGUCGCAGAACAGAAUGUAGUAUAGAGUUUGAUUCUCUUCUCUUCGGUUUAUAAUAUAUACACGGAUAUUUAUGUAUGUGUAAAAGAUAGACAUACGUAAUGUCUAAAUAGUUUGAGAAAGAUGACAAUAAUGAAAAGAGCAAGCAUGUAUAGAGGGAAAAACUGAAUGAUAGAGAAAGAGAACAAGUCAGUACAGUAAAGGGAGAGAUCAAAGCACCCACACUUUUAAGACUGAAAAGUAGUAGAGGGUCGGCAAUGCAGUGGUACGUGGUUUUUUCGUGAGCAAACACACUCCAAAUUUUACCAUAUAAUUUUAUUCUUCUUUGCUACGAAUAUAUGUUACUUAAAUACAUAUAUAUACAUUUAUUUAAAUAACUGCAGAGAGCACAUUGUCAAUAACGCUUAGUAGUUGUUAAAAAUCUGCUUUGAAGUAUAUAAUAAUAAAUGAUAACUAUUAAACCAUUAAAAAAAUGAGUGAUUAGUGAUCUGUGACCAGUUGUAACAAGUCAAUUAAAACAAGUAGAGGGUAAAAAAUAAAAAAUUAUCUCAAUGUCAUCUUAUAAAUCAGUUUACACUGGACAUUGGUCCAGCAUUUAUCGAAAGUUCAUAUGUCAAUUAAAAAAUAUUUGUGAAAUAAAAAAUCCUAAAAAUAAAUAUAUCAAGUUAUAAAUAAAAUAUAUAAAUUUAAAAUUAUAAAUGACCAUUUUUUCUUGUUGGAGUUAAAAAAUAAUGUAGUGAAAAAAGAAUUAAUAAGACAAUGGCGUGUACGUCAUCAGAAUAUCGAUUGACAAAAUAAUAAUAGUUAUAAUAAUAACACUAAUAGUUGUUUUAAUAAUAAUCAUAUACUUAUUUAUAAAAUAUUUAUAAUUAUAAUAUUAAAUAAACAAAACAAAAAAGAAAAUUUAGUUUGGAAAAUCAUGAACCAAUUGCCCUGGUGACGACAAAGAACGAAGAGGAUCCGGGUCACAGGAACGACAUGCGUUCGAUCGCAAACGUCGUCGACGGAGUUGCUUUAGCUGUUACUAGUUUGUCUGUAACGAACGCGUUAGUAACACGAUUGUUAUCGUGAGAUUCGUGUCUCUGGUGUUACAUUAUUGUAUUUAUUAAUAACACUUUAAUAGCAACGAAAUUUUGAUAAUUAAAAUAAUGAAAAAAUAAAUAAAUUGAUGAAUUAUUACAAUUUUGAAAUCAUUUGAAUUAAUAUACAUACAUACAUGUCACUCAUUUUUUUAAAAGAUGUUUGUUGCUUUUUGAUAAAUUAGUUUUGAACUAAGAGUGAUUUCAAUUAAAAAGAUAAGUAGUGGAAGAUAAUUAAAUAAAAAAAUAUAUGUAUAUGUGCAUGUGUAAUGAGAAGAAAAUCUUUGUAUAAUUAUGGAUGAUUGUCAGCUGACUGCAGGCGUCAUAUUUACUGGCAAAGAUUACCAUUGUAUAAAAAUAUCACAAUUAUUUAUUUCUACUCUUGGCUAUUCCUCGUUGAAAAUAUCACUGAGAAGUCAGUUUGAAUAACCUUGAAAUGAAACAUUAAAAACCAGAAAAAAAAAAUUAUUCAUUACUAUUUUUUUAUUUACAUAAUUGUGAAUUACGAAAAUUUUAUUUUUCUUUUAAACAUUAAGAUUAUUUAUUGUUUUAUAAUGAUCAAGUAGCAUUUAAUUGUGGAAUGUGAUAAGUGGGUAAGGUGGUAAAGAUAAUAAAAUAAAAAAAAAUGAACUAGACUAUGCCACCUUGAUAAUGUUGAUUAUUUAUUUUAAAAAUAAAAAAAUAAAUGAAGAGAAGUAGAAUAAAAUAAAAUAUAAAAAAGGGGGUUGUGACCACGGUGUCAUGCCCCCAGGGGCAAAAGGUGGGGCAGAGGGCCUAGAUCCCUCUUGUUCUGAGCUCCAUGAUAGUGAAGAAAUAACACCUGAGACAAUCGCACCGUCUUUAAGUCUAUUUCAAAGAUGUUACAGGCAUUUAAAGAGUUCAGGUGUGGGAGAGGCGAGUGUCUAUCAUGCGCUGGUAGUAAUAUUUUUGGAAUUCUUCGCUUGGGGGUUACUGACGAUGCCAAUAAUAUCUGUAUUAAAUGAAACUUUUCCUGAUCACACAUUUUUAAUGAAUGGCUUGAUAAUGGGUAUCAAAGGAUUAUUGUCAUUUUUAUCAGCGCCGUUAAUUGGUGCACUGUCUGAUGUAUGGGGAAGAAAAUUUUUUCUUCUUAUAACAGUGGCUUUUACGUGUGCACCAAUACCACUUAUGAGUAUAAAUACUUGGUGGUUUUUUGCUAUGAUAUCUAUUAGCGGUGUUUUUGCCUGUACAUUUUCCGUUGUAUUUGCUUACGUAGCAGAUGUCACUGAAGAAAGUCAACGAUCUUUAGCAUAUGGAUUGGUAUCUGCUACAUUUGCAGCCAGCAUGGUAAUUAGUCCUGCUUUAGGGGCAUGGACAAUGACUGUUUAUGGAGAAAAUUUAGCUGUAGCGUUAGCAACAGCAAUAGCUGUUCUCGAUGUAUUCUUUAUACUUGUCGCAGUACCGGAGAGUUUACCAGAAAAAGCUCGUCCACCUGUACCCAUAUCAUGGGAACAAGCUGAUCCAUUUGCUGCUUUAGGAAAAGUUGGCAAAGAUCAUACCAUAUUGAUGCUGUGUGUCACAGUAUUCUUAAGUUAUUUACCAGAAGCAGGCCAAUAUAGUUGUAUAUUUGUUUAUCUUAAGCUCGCAAUGGGCUUUUCAGCCGUAAUGGUUGCGGUAUUUAUUGCCAUAGUUGGUAUUUUAAGUGUUGGAGCACAAAUAUUGCUUGGUCCAUUAAUGAAAACACUUGGUAGUAAGCAUACUAUCAUGCUUGGUUUACUAUUUGAAAUGCUUCAACUCAUGUGGUAUGGAUUUGGAUCACAGACUUGGAUGAUGUGGGCAGCUGGAAUACUUGCUUCAGUCUCAAGUAUCACUUAUCCAGCGAUUUCUGCAUUCGUGUCAAUGCAUUCAGAUGCUGAUAAGCAGGGACUUGUUCAGGGAAUGGUUACAGGAAUGCGAGGACUCUGUAAUGGUCUUGGGCCAGCUAUGUUUGGUGUUAUAUUCUAUUUAUUUCACGUCGAUCUCAACGACGAAACGCCGUCACUACCUCUAAAACCUUCUCUUUUGGAAGAUAGUAAUCAAACAGGAACUGCUAUACAUAUAGACAUGGUUCCACAGAAUGGAUUUCAGUUGGUGCCAGGGCCUCCCUUCGUAUUUGGUGCAUUACUUGUAAUAUGCGCACUACUAGUAGCUGCGUUUAUUCCUGAUGAGUCAAAUCCAAUGGCAACAGGUCCGUUGCAUCAUCACUCUUCCACAUCACGCAGGCCAUCUGGUAAAUACGCAUACCAAAAAUGUACGUUACAGGUUUUCCGUUUAUUGCUAGAGCUGGAUGCAUACGCUUCUGGUGGUUUGUCAUUGGACGUUCAUUUUGAACCGGAAAGAAUUGUCAGUGGUCGUAGUAAAGUAGGACCACUGUCUCCUCUAGUCGACAACUGCAAUUCAGCAGCUCUCUAGCCAUUCUUUCCGGUACUCCGGCAAGCUGUCAAUAAUAAACAUAGAGAGGAGGCCUAUCCUGCCAAUUAAUCGAAGGUCGUAGACACCUUCAGGCUUAUUUAAGUCCACCUCUGUGUUUGAUCUAGAAAAAUAAAACAUCAACAACACAAUAAUAAGCAAACAAAAGUUACAAGGAUAUUUUGUUGUCAUUCGCGUAAAUCAAAAACAAAAAUCAUUGAAAUGUCAAAUGAAGAAAGGAGAAAAUAAAAUCGUAAUAUACAUGAGUAUGUCGUUGUUAACGCGAAGACAUGAUGCCGAGGAUUGACUUUAAAGUUCUCCGUUGACUGAAAAAUAUUGUAAAGAAAAAUUAUAAAUAUAAAUUAAUGAUAAUAAUUGUAAUAAUAAUAAAAAUAAUAAUAAUAAUAUAAUAUUAAAUUAAUAGCUGUGUGAUUGACAUUUGUUUGUUAAUCAUAAUUAGCUUCUGCCGAGUGCACAAAUAAAAGGACUUGCAGCAGUUAUUACAGUGUGAACGAUUGAAUACAUUUAACGCCAUUGCAAAAAAAAAAAAAAAGAAAGAUAAUAAACAGUAUUUUUCACUAUAGUUAUAAAAAGAAAAUAAUUAUAAAAAAUAAAAUUUAAUUCAUAUAAAAUCCGUGUAGAAUUUUGUUAAUUAUAUGCGAGCUUUUGAUAUCGCGUUAUAAUUUUUACCGCACUUUGAAACUUCAUACUCGACGAUUUAAAGAGAGACAAUCAUUGAUUUUAUUUUUUUAUAAAUGAAAAAUUAUUUAAGUGUAUGUUGGUUAAAAAAAAAAAAAAAAUCCGUUUUGAAUAUUUUUGAAACGUAUAAUUGUGAAUUAAUUCUUGGUGUAAUGUUUAUGAAGUGUAACAAUUUUUUAAAUUGCGAAAACAAUUGUGAAAAUUAAAGAAUAUAUGUUGAGUUUAAUAUUUUAUAUUUCAUUUUAUUCACUUACUUUAAAAAAUUUUUACAAAAAGUUAUUUGACUUUCAGUAGACGAAUAAUUUAUAGCUUGUAUUGUUGAAAAUAAAAUUGAUAAAAAAUAUUAUAUCAGAAAAAAGAAACAUUAGGAACAAAAUAAAUCGAAAUUACUUUAUAUUUAAAACCAUCAAUUACAAUUGUUUUUUAAUAAUCUUUAUUAAAAUUUUUGACUAUUUAAUCACUCACAAAUCUCACUUUAUUACUAUCAAGCAUUCAUUAAUUGACAAAUAUUCGAAAAAAAAAAUCUUUUGAAACGAGCGUUUACCGCUAGAUUUUCAAACUACCAAAUGUUUCUUAAUUUAUUCACACAUACUAGAAUCUUUUAAUUAUAUUUUAAACUACAAUCAUAUCACUUUCUCACAAUUUUAUUAUAAAAAUUUUUAUAAAACGUAAUUUUUAAACAAAUAAUAAAAAGUUUAUAAUUAAAUGAUUCACUAAAUUAAAAUUAAUUAUAAAAUUUCUAUUAAAAAAAAAAAAAAAAUUAACUGCUCAAUCAAUCUCUGAGACAAUCAAAGAUUGUACAAUUCAUAUGUUCAUAACUCAUUUUUUAAAAAUAAUGAUUUCACGAUUGUAUGUUUUUUUUUAUGAUAAAAAAUUACAUAUAAAUUUUUUUUUUAUUACUUAAAUUCUCUCUCUCGUCGAUGAUAAAGCGAGAAUUGUGCGAGUUUUCAUCAUGAAACCAAAGCCAAAGAUCAGUUUAAAUAAUUUUGUCAAAUCGGACCAUAAACCCCAGCAUUAAUAAAAGAAAAAAAAAUAAUUUCAACCAAAAUAAAGUAAUGCCUUGGCAGACGUUUGUACAAAAAAAAAAAAAAAAAAAAAAAAAAAAAAAUUAAAAUAGAUCACGUCAAUUCAUUCAAAAAGGUUUAAAAAUUGUACUCAAAGAACUCUUUUGACGGUAUUUACAAUUGCUUAAAGCUCGGAAUAAAUUAUUAAAUAAAAUAUUUUGACUCCUGGUGAGUUUAGUGUAGAUUAUAAAAAAUUUAUGAAGUUGGUGAAAAAAUACUUAAUUUUUUUUUUUUUU